AUGAGCUCUUUCAUUUUUGUCAAGGGCUUUGUGAGCAGCCUGCUUCUAGCUGGACUUGCUUCUGCUAUUCCAGUCGAGGAAAAUAUCCAACCACGACAUGGUAACUGCAAUACACCUCAUGACCGUGCGUGCUGGCGGGAUGGAUUCAACAUAGAGACGGAUUAUGAGUCUUCCACACCUGUUGGAACUCUCAGGCAUUAUGACUGGGAGGUCACCGAGGUCGAAAACUGGAUAGGCCCGGACGGGGUGGAAAAGAAUUAUGUCCAACUGGUCAAUGGCCAAUACCCAGGACCAACGCUGUUUGCGGACUGGGGCGAUACCAUCUCUGUAACCAUUACCAACAGCCUGCCUCACAAUGGAACCUCGUUUCACUGGCAUGGAAUCCGUCAAUUUCAUUCCAAUUUGCAUGACGGUGUCAACGGUGUCACAGAGUGUCCUAUUCCACCCAAGGCUUCCAAAACAUACACCUUCAAGGCAGAGCAGUACGGUACUUCAUGGUACCACUCUCAUACCUCUGCCCAGUAUGCCAAUGGUGUCUGGGGACCGAUCCAGAUUGAAGGCCCCGCCAGCUGCAAUUACGACAUUGACCUUGGCGUCUUUCCCAUUAGCGAUUAUUAUUAUGACAACGCCGAUGAACUGGUGGUUGCAACAUCAGUCGGGGCUCCGCCAAAGAGUGACAACGUCCUUUUCAACGGCACCAACAUCAACCCCGUAGAUCCCAGCCAGGGAGAGUAUGCGGUCGUGAAUCUCACUCCCGGAAAAACUCACCGCCUUCGUGUCAUCAAUCCCUCGGCGGAGAACAACUUUCAGAUCUCUCUCGUUGGCCACAACUUUACCGUCAUUGCGACCGACUUUGUGCCUGUCAAGAGCGCCCCAGUCGACAACAUAUUCCUGGCAGUUGGCCAGCGCUAUGAUCUUAUUAUCGAUGCUGACCAGGACAUUGACAACUACUGGUUCAAUGUCACCAUGUUCCCCCUCACGAGUCUUUGUGGAACGUCAUGGAACUUGAGCCCGGCCGCCAUCUUCCGCUACGAUGGUGCACCAGAUGAGCUGCCCACUAUCGAAGGCGAUCUCCCAGAGGAUGCCCACUGCCAAGACAGCCUCGAAUUCGUCCCCGUCGUCCCCCGCAAGGCCGACGAGACCACGCUGCUUGUCGACGCUGGGAAUCCAGAGCAUCAGAUUAAUGUAAACUUGACGUUUGGCACCAGCCUGACCCACCCGACGGUCUGGAAAAUCAACGAAAGCGCCAUCAAUGUGAACUGGGACCGGCCUGUUCUCCAGUACGUUCUCGAGAAUGAUACAGACUAUCCCCGCACGGAAAAUCUCAUCUUCAAUAACGAUGAGGAUACCUGGACAUAUUGGGUAGUCCAGAAUCUCGGCCUGCUCCCACACCCGAUGCAUCUCCAUGGCCAUGAUUUUCUGGUCGUCGGAUCUGCAGCCGCCACAAAUUUCACGUCAGAUCUCUCUUCCACGCUGAACUAUGACAACCCGACGCGACGUGAUGUGACCAUGUUGCCAGGAAACGGAUAUCUCGUGCUUGCCUUCAAGGCCGACAACCCGGGCAACUGGCUCUUUCACUGCCACAUUGCGUGGCACGUCAGCGGUGGCCUCUCGUCCGACUUUAUGGAACGGCGCGACGAGCAGGUUGCCCUCAUCAGCGACCAAGAUCUCAAGGCGUACAAGGACAAUUGCGAUGCCUGGAACAUCUUUUCUAAAACGGCGCCGCCCAAGAUCGACUCUGGUCUUCGUAUCUAA